GUUUUAACCAGUACAAAUCCAUCGGAGCUCUGUGUCAGUGGCAUGUCCUUUUCCCGACAGUCAUCUAAAUGGGCGAAUGCUGCACUUGUUGUUACAGUCUCGUCAAAAGAUUUUGCUGCUUUGGACUUGCACAUACCUCUCGGUGGUGUUGAAUUUCAGAGGAUGUUUGAACGAAGGGCAGCUGCAAUGGGCGAAGGCAAUUUUGUAGUACCUGAUUGCAGACAAGAGGUCUACUACCUAAACAAUAAAGAGGCAACUUUGUUGCAACUUUUAGUUUCUUCCUCAUUGCAGACAAGAACUAGUUCCCCAGUCCAGAUCUCGCGAAGUGCUGACCCUUGCGAGUGCACGUCCUUAAGAGGGCUUUACCCUAUUGGAGAAGGCGCAGGUUAUGCCGGCGGUAUAGUAAGUGCAGCUGUUGGUGGCAUGUAUAGCGGCUUUGCAUUGGCGAAAUGUUUAGGUCUCUUUCAUGGCAGCAUCGAGUUAAUUUUAGGGAAGGCUCAGAGUGCUGGAGUGGCAAAAUACUGACAGCAUUGUGUUCAUUACUAUGUAAAUCAUAGGCUGCUCAUUGUUGAUCUAGCAACUCUUCAUAUAUAGUUCGUUGCGAUCAAAGAUGAGAGACGAAUGCAGGAUUUAGAGUAGUUUGUAGGUUCUAAAUGAAUGUUGUUUAUCAUUGAACUUUUUUAUUGAGUUUCGUCGAAACCGUAACUAUAAUUAUGAUACACACCUCAUAUUGUUGUUGA